AUGGUCCUCUCCUCUCUCAAAUACUCAUUGGGCCUUCCCCUUCUCCAACAAUACGAUCGCAUACAAUUCAUUAUUUUCCAAAAAUUCUGGCAAUCCGAUGACUUUUAUAGAAAAGUUAAAAUUCUCUGUGGAGCAUUGGUUGUGAUUGGAUUGUUACUCAUUGUUUUAUUUGCUGGAAAUGGUAGUGGUGGAUCUGGAAAGAAACUUUCAUUCGAUCCCUAUGAAUUUAUGGGAUUGGAUCGAAAUUGUACGGAUCGGGAAGUGAAAAGACAAUUCCGUAUCUUGUCGAGAACAUUGCACCCUGAUCGAAACAAGGAAGACGAUCCCGACACUGCCAGACUCAAAUACCUUCAACUCAAACAAUCUCAAGAAAUUUUAUUGGAUCCAAAGAAACGUAAAAAUUAUGAAGAACAUGGAGAUCCAGACUAUGUGGACAUGUCACUUUUUGAUGUCGAGACAUAUCCUGACAUGUUAAUGAAUCCUGGAAAACCGUUUGUCAUUUAUGUCACAUUCCUUGCUGGAUUUUUCGGAUGUGUUGUUCCACUGUGUUAUUAUUUGCUUCAACCUGCUUUGGAAGAUCCACCAGAAUUCUUGACUGAUUUGAUUUUCGAUCAUAUCCACAAGGGAGAAAAGGAAUUGUUAGAAUCAAGAUAUGAUUCUUGUUUGAAUGCAUUGAAAACUGCUGAAGAUUAUUGGGAACAAUUAACAACAGUGUUCAAGGCCUAUCGAAGAUCCAUUUUCCAUCCUGAAUUUGUCAUUCGUAUUGCUACAAGACGUGUGCAAUGUCAAUUAUUGAAAGCUUCUGAUGCUUCUAAUCCAAAAGAAACUCUUAAUUUGAUUCAAGAAGCAACACAAGUCAUCAGAACAGCAGAAACUAAUCUUCUCAAUUCUGAACAAAAUAAGAAGGAUAUUUAUGAUACUUCCAAGAAGUAUUUUAGAGAUAUUGAGAGUACCAUUGAUGGUAAAUUGAAAGGAAAAACAAGUGUCUUGGAAGAUUUGUUAAUUUCAUUCUGUAGAGGAUCAUCUUCUUCCUCAUCGGCAGGAAAUGCGUUCAAGAAGAGAAAGUAA